AUGGAGGCUGUUGAGAGCGUGGAUGUGAGUUGGCUUCAUCAUUCUCAUCGAGAUCAUCUAUCUCGAACGAAAUCUGCCUCGUCAACAAUUGCCGAGAAACAAAACGGACAUGCUGAGACGUCGCCUCAGCAGCAGUCGCAAGGGAAGUCCGCUGGCGGCACCGGGUCGACAUCCGGAUCGGAACAGUCCAUCACCGGGUCUUCUUCGACAGAAAGCCAUCGCGAAAACACGCCAUUAGAUGUGAAAUCUGGGACCGAAAAUGACAAUGCCGGAGAACAGAAGGCAUCCAAUACUUCAAAUGCCACCUCCAAGGGGAGUGCGCCAAGGGCUAUACCGAUAAACAGGCGCAAUUCGUGGAUCUCGUCCCUGAGCUCGAGAUUCUCCUCCGGAUCUACGCCACCGUCCCAAAAUAAUUUCAAGGAGAGCCCCCCAAAUCCAAAACAGAGUCCUCCGGCGACAAAAUUGGACCAGUAUAAUCCAUUCGGUGCCGCUUUUUCCCCUAAAGACAAGGACGAGAGGAACAAUGACUCCUCGAAUCCUUUCACGUCUAGCUCACCAAAGAAUCCGUCGUUCUUUCAAAACGCUCUUCGGAAGCUGUCGUCCGGAAAUGCUGGCCUGGGGAGGGGGUCAAAUAACGGUACAGUCUGUCAACGUCGCGUGAUGAACAUCGACCCCAAUCGCGACCGAUGCAGGGUUCCCGAAUUGAAUCAGGCGAAAUUGAAGCGUGUGGCUUUCUGUGUGGAUAAAAUCGGAGAAGUCAAAAGACAAAGGCGAUGGGUCGACUUUGAAGAAUCACCAGACGUCGGCCCCGGUGAAGGAAAGAGCGAGCAAGGUGCCGGAAAGGAGACCAAGCAGGGUGCAUCCGUUAAUGGCGAACACAAGACAGAGGGUCCGGUCAAGGAGCCCACUAGGAAACAAGAGAAAAAGAAACGGUCGGAGGAAGAGCGAAAGGAACGUAAAGAACGGAAACGAAGGCAGGCUGAGGCAAACGGCACUGUGCCAUUACAAUUGACGUUUGACGAUGAUUCCCGAGCGUCAACGUCGGGCGGCUCCCAUUCAAGAGGGCAAAGCCAUCCUACCACUGAUCCAGUCCGAAUUUACCGACGCUGUUGCCAACUUCGUGAAACUCCCGUUUUGAAGAAGCUCGUUGACCGGAUGACUUCCCAAUCCUCGACGCUGGUGGAAACUCCAGGCACCGUUCCGGUGUUAGAUCUCACGGACUUCCCCAUGACACUACAGGACAUCAUCACAUUCAGCGACUGGCUUGCAAUUGUUCCUGUUCGAAAGCUAAUCCUCGAAAAUUGUGCUCUCACCGAUGAGGGUGUCCGGUCAAUCCUGGCAGGCCUCCUUUCGACCAAGACGAUGGAGCAAGCGAGGAAUCACCGAAGAUCGACAAAGAAGAAUCAAUCUGCAGCCAAGGAGGACGGAUUUGGGGUCGUGGAGAAGUUGUCUUUAAAAAACAACCCUAAGAUUGGUCCUGAAGGCUGGCGUCAUAUCGCUCUCUUUGUCCAUUUGUCGAAGUCGAUCAAGGCCAUUGAUCUCUCCGGCAUUCCGUUUCCAAAGGCGCCGGCGGCCACCAAUGGACCUGCGGUCAGGUCUGCGAAGCCUGCGACAGAUAUCGCUUCUACGCUGGCUAGUGCACUCGCAAACCGGUUCGGCGGGAACCGCUUGGAGGAACUGCUGCUCAGCGAGUGCAUGCCGUCCACGGACGAUGUGGCAAAGAUCUGUGAUGCCGCGAUCUCCUUUGGACUGAGGAGAUUGGGGCUAGCCAACAACAACUUGACCCGCGAAGGACUCGAACAUGUCGCUCGGUAUUUCCGAUCUGGGACGUGCGAGGGGCUUGACCUGGGUGGGAACGAUUUGAGAGACCAUAUGGAUGUCCUUCUCCCUGCAAUAAACGACAAUAACCCUAUCAUGGCACUGAGUUUGGCCGAUUGCUCGUUGAAUCCCGCUGCCAUGUUUCCGCUUCUCCAAGCGUUACCUCGUCUACCGAACUUGCGAUUCAUCGAUCUCUCGCAUAACCCAGACCUCUUUUCAACGCAGCCAGAUGCGUUAUCCAUGCUCAGGAGAUUCCUUCCUAAGAUGCCUUUCCUGAGACGCAUCCAUUUGGCGGACGUCAAUCUCUCGCCCGAUCAUGCGAUCGCGCUUGCCGAGGUCCUCCCAGAGUGCCCUAGUCUCUGUCACCUGAACAUUCUGGAGAAUCCAAAAAUCGUGAGCUUGACGUCGGCGACUGACCCUGCGAGUCAGGAGGAGGCUUGCGCCGUAUAUGCCUCCCUGAUGGCUGCCGUACGCGUCUCGCGUACCAUCAUUGCUGUGGACAUCGAAGUUCCCAGCGCAGAAAGCAGCGAAGUCGUCAAGGCGUUGGCAUCACAGAUUGUGGCCUAUUCCCUGCGGAAUCUCGGUGCCCUCGAGGAACUGAAGGGUUCAGACGAUGCGUCUGCUGCCCGAUCGCAGGUUCCGGUUCCAGAAGUUCUCCAGCAUAUCGUGGGCCAGGUUGAUGGAACGCUAUGUGAUGGUACCGAAAUUGAGCCUGCUCCGGAUGAGGACUAUGUCAUUGGUGGCACCGGGGUUGUGAAAGCACUGGGAGUUUGUCUUGGUAAUGUCGACCACCAUUAUCGUGAACUGGGCGAUCUGUCUCGGCCUACCAGUGGCAGAUCGACUCCUGUGCAUCGACCUACAUCUUCCCUCGGUAGCACCAAGAAGCCCCGUGACAUGUCCAUAAACCUGCUGGGUUCUGCACGGAACAUUCGGGCGAGGAUUCAAUCGGCUCUUGUCCGGGAAGACAAAGCCGGCAAUGAUAAUAAUUAUCGACGUCUCCAAUUUCUCGACGUCACGCUGGAGAAGAUUAUCCAGCGAUUCGAAGACGAAUACCCUGAGACCAGAAUUGGGCCUCCCACUGGGUCCACGGCUGGUGGAGAGGUCGGCUCCCAACACUCUAGUGAGGACGUUCAAGAUCAGUCCUUGUUGGCUGGAAGUGUUCCGGCUGAUACCGCUGUCGACGAAACUGCAAUCGAUGAGGAAGACACGGAUCAAUACGCCGUUCGCCUAUCACGCAGUGGGUCGAAUACCUCCCUCCAUUCUCGGGCUCUCACCUCGGAAGAAGGCCACAUUCACCGCAUCGGUCAGAAUCUGCGUCGGGAUUUACUCGAUUCCUCUCUGGGACCGUCUGCCGAUGGGCUGUCCACUGUCCCGGAUGAGACUCGCCUUGCUAUAUUACGGCAGAAGUUGGAGAGCUUGCGCGGAGACGAGAUCCGUUCACGCGUGGAGAGCGUGGGCCCGGACAAGGCCCUUGAAGAACUGGGAUCCACGGUCGAAGAACUUUGGAUCAUCCAGCGGCAAGACCAGGAGGCAUUCCAGAAAUUCAAGGAAAGCCAGAUCGCCGCUCAGAUCAACGGGGGGCUGCGCCCCCCUUUGGCAGACGAUAGUCACCCAUCAGGCAAGGGCUUCUGA